AUAGUUUCUUCCUCAUUUUGUGUUGGCGGAAUUUGGUCAGUGGGUGAACAAUUUGGUUUAGAUGUUGAAUCGGCUACAUUUUUGGAAGAAUCAUACAUGGAAGUGGAUUAUUUUGAGGGAAAAAUUAGUAAAUGUUGUUAUAAUUCAGGAACUUGGCAAACUCGUUUCAUAUCAUUGAUAAUUCAAGGUGAUUUAUUUACUUUGCAUACUGGUAAAGUAUUUGUUGAGGAGACAACAACUAUUGAAGCAUUAUCAUUUAAUAAUUGUGGUUUAUGGAAAAUUAAGGAAGCAAUUAAAAUUAUUCUGAAAGGAUCAGCAAAUUUCUAUGCUUCAUCAAAAUUUAACGCUAAUUUAUUAAAAAUAAUAGCUGAAGGUCAAUGUACUAUUGCUGGAUAUUUAUCAUUGGAAAAUUUAUUAGCUUAUAUACGUAAUGAUAUGAUAACUGUACCUGGUGCACGAGUUAAUAUAACAAUUGGUGCAACUAUUGCAGUUGGAACAUUCCGGAAUGAUUGUUCCUGGUAUGUUGAUGGAAAUUUACAUUUGCAUGUUGCAUGCUUUGAGCAAUCUGAAGAUGGUCUUAUUUUUGUAAAAGAUACCUUCACGAUGAUAAUUUAUGAUAUAUCAGAAGAACGUUGUAAUGGACGAAUUGUUGCUAAUUAUUUCAUUAUGAAUUUAGCAAAAAGGGUUCGUUUUGAUAGUUAUAUUCGGGUGAAUCAAAUCGAAAUUUGCAUACCAUAUGUGAACGAAUCAAGCACCUUUUCUUGCUAUUCUAUUCUCAACAUCUUCUAUUCAUUACUUUCCGGAAUGGAUUCGAUAGCAACAGAUGCUACAUAUCGUACACUAAUAUCAUGUAAUUCAUUACAUACUCAACGUACUUCAUUAAUUGAUUCUAUUCCGAAAUGUUUAUUUCCGGAAGGUAUUUUAUGUGCUACAACAUGGCUUCAUGAGGGACAAAUUCGUUUUAAUGGUGAAAAAGUAUAUAUUAUCACUGAUGGAUUAAUUAAUCGUGGCCGAUUAACAAGUGGUAAUAAAUUACAAAAUCAUAUGCGUGAAGUAAUUGUAUUAGCGGAAAAUUAUUUCCGGAAUGAUGCCGUAUUUUCAGCUGAUCGUAUUAUAAUUCAUGGAAAUGGUAAAUUACAAAAUACGAAUCGUAUCUUUGCUAAUAAUGAAAUGAAUAUACAAUUGGCAAAUUUUUGUAGUGAAUUUGGACAAACACAUUUGGAAGGUACGCAACCAAAAUUACUAUCAGCUAAGAAUGAAUAUAACCGUAUCGAAGAAGGAGGAGAAGGAGGAAGAGGAGGAGGAGGAGGAGGAAAUCAUAUUAAUGAAUGUAACCGCCGUAUAGGAGAAGGUUAUAAUGAAGCUCAUGGAAAUUUCAAUAUAUCAUCAUCAUCAUUAUCAUCAUCAAAAGGAAAUGUUGAUUGUAUGAUAGUAAAUCGAUAUAAAUCAAAGCGACAAAUUCGAUUAAGUGCACGAUCUCGUUUACAUAUUGAUAAUGAUAUUAUCAAUAAUCAUAAUAAGAUUAUAUUAAUAGCACGAGAUGCGAUCAUAUGCAAAUCUCAUAUAAAUGCUGAUAUAUUGGAAUUAACACUUGGUGCAGCUUAUAUGACAGAAUUUGUGAUAAAAAAUAAUGCUACAAUAAUAGCUAAUCAAUUACAAAUUAUGGGAAGUUGUAAAUAUCUUACUGUAAUUAUCGAUGGUGAAUUAUCAUGUGAAACAUUAAUUAUUGAUGCAAGAAUUCGACAAAUUAAAAUAAUUGGUAAUGGAAUAUUAUGUUGUCGAAAAUCAUGUAAUAUAGGUGGUGAUAUGAUUACUUUAGCAAUUCGUGAUAUUCGUAUAACGGAAUUAAUUGGUUCAAUGAUAACGAUAGCAUCUGAUAGUGCUCUUAAUAUAUCAUCAUUUGAUUCACAACUAAAAAUGCUAUCAAUUUAUGCUGAUAAUUGCUAUUUACAAGGACGAAUAUUUGUUGAACAUAAAAUUAUUCUAAAAAUUACCAAUGGAAUAUGCCAUAUUAGUGGUGAAAUUCUGGGAAUUGGCAUAAAUAGUGAAAUAUCAUUGGAAUGUAAUGAACUAAUUUUAACCGGAAUAGUGGCAAAUUUAAAUUUUCUGGAAUGUUAUACACGCAGAAAAAUUGAACAACAUGAAACAGGAAUAAUGAAAAAUGUGAAAAAUAUCGUUCUGGAAGCGGAAUUCAUUACAUUAAAUGGUAAAAUUAUGGAUUCAGAAUCUGUUAUUGCUACCGGUGAUGAUGUGAAUAUUGAUGGAAUUCUACAAAAUCAAAACGAUAAAAAUAUUACAUAUUCUAUAUUUGGUCAAAAAAUUCUCUUUGAUGGUGAAAUAUUUGGUCCGAUACGAUUGGAAUUAAGCGGAACAGAAAUUAUUUUUACAGGAAUUACAAAUAAUUUGAAAUUUCUUGAUAUUGAUGCAAAUUUAGCUACAAUUGCACCAAAAGGAUUGAAAUGUGAAAAUUUCAAUAUUAUUGCUUAUUCUGCAAUUUUAGAUGGUAAUUUUAAUAUCGGAAUAUUUGCUGCUACUAUACAGGUAGCCUUAUUUAUACGAACUAAUUUAACCGAUUGUGGACAAUGCAAGCUUAUUGCACCAAUAAUUCUUGCACUAAAUUAUCCAAUGUCAUCUAAAAUGGAUAUUUCUGCUAUCAUUUAUGCUUUUGAACGAUUUGAAUUAUUGGAAUCUGGAAAGCAUCAUGAAUUAUCUGAUUUAAAAAAUCAAUUUACACCAAUAACAUCUAAUUGCUCAAUUAAUAAUGAUGCUAAAAUUUUACACUCUCAGCAAUCAUCCAUUGAUAAUAAUAUCAAUAUAAGGAAUGAAAUUUUCAUCAAAAUUUCCUUCCAUUCUCAUAUCAUUACUAAUCAUUAUACUACACUAAAAGAAUAUGAUUUAUUACGAAAAACAACAAAAAUAAUUGAUGAAUGCUUUAAAAAAAUCACAAACAACAUAUGA